GCUCCUCCACGCCAGACGGAGGAAAGUGAUUUAAGGACAUUGAGUUGACAAGCGGCCGCCGGUAGGGUCAGUGUGGGUUGCUCUCUUCAGGCACUUUUUGUUCCUUUGCAGUGAAAACAAGCAAAAGAAGAAGAAGAAUUACAACGCCAUGGCUCCUACAAUAUAUGAGAGUUCAUCAACAAAAGGUAGUGGCCCUAGCAGACCUGCCCUAGAGGCUGAGCUCAGGGAGCUGUUGGGGCAGAGGAUCAUGAUACUAGAUGGAGGGAUGGGCACCAUGAUCCAGGAGAGGCGAUUGGAGGAGGAGCAUUUCAGGGGGGAGGAGUUUAAAGACCACACCCACAGCCUGAAGGGCAACAACGACCUGCUGAGCAUCACACAGAGUGAUGUCAUCUACAAUAUACACAAGGAAUACCUGCUGGCCGGGGCAGACAUCAUUGAGACCAACACUUUCAGUAGCACCUGUAUCGCCCAGGCCGACUACGGACUGGGACACUUGGCUUAUCGUAUGAACAAGGUGUCAGCAGAAAUAGCCAGGAAAGCAGCAGAUGACAUCACCAACCAAACAGGGUGUAAGAGAUACGUGGCGGGCGCCGUGGGCCCCACCAAUAAAACCCUGUCUGUGUCUCCCUCAGUGGAAAGACCAGACUUCAGGAACGUCACCUUUGAUGAGCUGGCUGAGGCCUACGCCGAGCAGGUCCGGGGUCUGUUGGAUGGAGGAGCGGAUAUUAUCAUGGUGGAGACCAUCUUUGACACGGCCAACGCCAAGGCAGCACUGUUUGCUAUCGACAAACUGUUUGAAGAGAGCUACGAACCAAGACCUAUAUUUAUAUCAGGCACCAUCGUGGACAGGAGUGGUCGAACUCUCUCAGGACAGACGGGAGAGGCCUUCGUCAUCAGUGUGUCCCAUGCCAAACCCCUCUGUAUUGGCCUUAACUGUGCCUUAGGAGCCACUGAGAUGAGGCCUUUUAUUCAGGCUAUUGGGAAAUGCACCACGGCUCACGUCUUAUGCUACCCCAAUGCAGGUCUCCCCAAUACGUUCGGUGGAUACGAUGAGACCCCGGAGUUGACUGCCUCACAUUUAAAGGACUUUGCCACAGAUGGUCUGGUGAAUCUGGUUGGUGGAUGCUGUGGGACGACUCCUGCACACAUCAGGGCCAUUGCUGAGAAAGUGAAGCACUGCCAUCCCAGAGUGCCCCCUACUGACGUCUUUCAGGACUACAUGCUCCUGGCAGGUCUGGAGCCAUUCAGGAUCGGUCCGUACACUAAUUUCGUCAACAUCGGCGAGCGUUGCAACGUGGCUGGAUCAAGGAAGUUCGCCAAGCUGAUCAUGUCGGGAAACUACGAGGAGGCGUUGAGCAUAGCCAAGACCCAGGUGGAGAUGGGAGCCCAGGUGUUGGACAUCAACAUGGACGAGGGGAUGUUGGAGGGUCCUGCCGCCAUGGCCCGGUUCUGCUGUCUCAUAUCCUCCGAGCCUGACAUCGCCAGGGUACCUCUGUGUAUAGACUCUUCUAACUUCGAGGUGAUCAAGGCGGGGCUGAAGUGUUGUCAGGGGAAGUGUAUCGUGAACAGCAUCAGUCUGAAGGAAGGAGAAGAGGAGUUUCUCCAGAGAGCUACGACUGUCAGACGCUACGGGGCCGCCGUGGUGGUUAUGGCCUUCGACGAGGAGGGUCAGGCUACGGAGACAGAGCGCAAGGUAGACAUCUGCAGCAGGGCCUAUCGCCUCCUGGUAACUCAGGUGGGCUUUGACCCCAACGACAUCAUCUUUGACCCCAACAUCCUGACCAUUGGCACGGGCAUGGAGGAACACAGCGAGUACGCCAUCAACUUCAUCAGAGCCACCAGGCUCAUUAAGGAGUUGUUGCCUGGGGCCAGGAUCAGUGGAGGCCUGUCCAACCUGUCCUUCUCCUUCAGAGGCAUGGAGGUCAUCAGAGAGGCCAUGCAUGGAGCCUUCCUCUACCACGCCAUCAAGGACGGUAUGGACAUGGGCAUAGUGAACGCUGGCAGCCUGCCUGUCUACGAUGAUAUUGACAAGGAGCUCCUGCUCAUGUGUGAGAACCUUAUCUGGAACAAAGACCCGGAGGCCACAGAGAAACUACUGCUGUACGCACAGAGCUGUGCCAAAGGAGGGAAGAAGGUGGUCCAGACGGAUGAGUGGCGAGAGGGAACGGUGGAGGAGAGACUGGAGUAUGGGCUCAUCAAGGGUAUAGAUAAGUAUGUGGUAGAGGACACAGAGGAGGCGAGGGCCCAGGCUGAUCUCUAUCCGAGGCCCCUACACGUCAUCGAGGGGCCCCUGAUGAACGGCAUGAAGGUGGUGGGAGACCUGUUUGGAGCUGGGAAGAUGUUCCUACCUCAGGUGAUAAAGUCAGCACGUGUGAUGAAGAAGGCUGUCGCUCACCUGAUCCCCUUCAUGGAGAAGGAGAGAGAGGCCAUGCUACUGGCAUCGGGAUCAGUAGAGGAGAUUGACCCCUACCAGGGCACCAUAGUGUUGGCCACAGUGAAGGGGGACGUCCACGACAUCGGAAAGAACAUUGUAGGAGUGGUGCUGGGCUGCAACAACUUCAGAGUGAUCGAUCUGGGGGUCAUGAUUCCAUGCGACAGGAUAUUGAGGGAAGCCAUCGACUGCAAAGCAGACAUCAUCGGUCUGUCUGGCCUCAUCACGCCCUCGCUGGAUGAGAUGAUCUACGUUGCCAAGGAGAUGGAGCGGCUUGGGAUGAAGACCCCACUGCUGAUCGGAGGGGCCACCACCUCCAAGACCCACACGGCAGUGAAGAUCGCUCCCCGUUACAGCUGUCCUGUGGUGCAUGUUCUGGAUGCUUCCAGGAGUGUGGUGGUGUGUUCCCAGCUGCUAGAUGAGAAUGUGAAGGAGGAGUUCUUUGAGGAGACGACAGAGGAGUACGAAGACAUCAGACAGGACCACUACGACUCUCUAAAGGAGAGGCGCUUCCUGUCUCUAGCCCAGGCCAGGGAGAAAGGACUCCAUGUGGAUUGGCUUUCUGGGGCCAAACCAGUGUGUCCUCAGUUCCUGGGUACCCGUGUGUUUGAGGGGUAUGACCUGCGGAGGCUGGUGGACUAUAUCGACUGGAAGCCUUUCUUUGACGUGUGGCAGCUUAGAGGGAAGUACCCUAACAGAGGGUACCCCAAGAUCUUUAAGGACAAAACCGUGGGUGAGGAGGCUCGGAGGGUGUUUGACGACGCCCAGCGGCUCCUCAACAGACUGAUAGAUAAUAAGGGUCUCUGGGGGCGUGGCCUGGUUGGCUUCUGGCCCGCCCAGAGUGUAGGAGACGACAUCCAGGUGUACGAACAUGACGUCACACCUCGCUCCUCCACGCCCCUCGCCACUUUCUACGGACUACGCCAACAGGCAGAGAAGGACAGUGCCAGCUCAGACCCCUACUACUGCCUGUCCGACUUCGUGGCCCCGAGGGCCAGCCGUGUGUCGGACUACAUGGGGAUGUUUGCUGUAGCUGUGUUCGGGGCGGAGGAGCUGAGCAAACAGUUUGAGACCCAGGGAGACGACUACAACAGUAUCAUGGUGAAGGCUCUGGCUGACCGCCUGGCUGAGGCGUUUGCCGAGGAGCUCCACGCCAGGGUGCGUCGGGAGCUGUGGGGCUACAGCGUGGAGGAGAACCUCCCGGCAGAGGACAUGCACAGGAUCCGUUACGAGGGCAUCAGGCCAGCCGCAGGAUACCCCUCCCAGCCCGACCACACUGAGAAGACCGCCAUGUGGACGCUGGGCGAGGUAGAGGAGAAGACGGGUAUCAAGUUGACUGAGUCUCUGGCCAUGACCCCAGCAGCUGCUGUCUCUGGGCUGUACUUCUCUCAUCCCAAAGCUACCUACUUCGCAGUGGGAAAGAUCACCAGAGAACAGGUGGAGGACUAUGCUGGGAGGAAAGAGAUGCCAGUGUCUGAGGUGGAACGCUGGCUGGGGCCAAUCCUGGGCUACGACACUGACUGACAGUGAUACUUCAACCAAUCCUGGGCUACGACACUGACUGACAGUGAUACUUCAACCAAUCCUGGGCUACGACACUAAUGCAUCCACAACCACUACCUAGAAAACAGAGGCGCUGCUCAAUGGUCAUGUCUAGAUGGGAUACAGGUUUUGGCAAAUUGACGUCAAAAUUUGACAAAUUCUAACCCUUUUCCCAACCUUAACCCAGUUCUCCCUAACCUGCUACGUGAGUUCUCCCUAACCUGCUACGUUAGUUCUCCCUAACCUGCUACGUUAGUUCUCCCUAACCUGCUACGUUAGUUCUCCCUAACCUGCUACGUUAGUUCUCCCUAACCUGCUACGUUAGUUCUCCCUAACCUGCUACGUGAGUUCUCCGUAACCUGCUACGUUAGUUCUCCCUAACCUGCUACGUUAGUUCUCCCUAACCUGCUACGUGAGUUCUCCGUAACCUGCUACGUUAGUUCUCCCUAACCUGCUACGUUAGUUCUCCCUAACCUGCUACGUUAGU